AUGCGGCGAUUAUUGUUCUGGCUGAUUCCCGUCGCUUCGUACUCAUCGCAAAACGAUAGUCAAACUAUCCAGCCUAACUCUUCUGUGUCGGGACAAUCAUUUCUACGGGGAACAAAAAUUAAUACCGGAGGUGCCCCAACGGUGGCUAUCUACAAUGGCCCGAACGGUUCUACCGAUCAACCGGCGCAAGGCAAACCUGAAUCAUCCAAAGAGGAAGUUUCGGAUUUGACAGCGUCUGUCCUGAAAGGAGCUUCAGAGAAUAAUAAAGAAAGCGAGAAAUCAAAAGGACAGACGGAACUCAUGCAGCUUGAAAUGGACCAAAAAUCUGCAAAUGAGUCAGGUCACAUUGCAGAAGGGACGGACAAAACUGCUGCGACUCUUGAAGAUGAGAGUCAGAAGGAUGCGGAGGCCGUAGAUCAAGAAGAAAAGCGCCACGGUAACGUGAUGGAAUCCAUUGAGGAGAACCAGGAGAACGAAGAGAAUACUUUUGCGGACGAGGAAAGGGAGAAGAGAAAGCAGAUCUAUAAAGACGAGCAAGAAUUGACUCAUGAUGUGGCAGCAGUCAAAGAAGGAGCCCAAAUGCUUAAAGAUGAGUCCCGCCUGAAUGCUGAUGAGCUUUUGACGGAGAAGGCAAAAGAAGAAAGUGAGCUUCAAGGAAUUCGGCGAAAGAAUCGCGAAGAAGAUGAAGCGAUCAAUCUCGGCCAUGACGAAAUGGAAGCUGCAGAAACAGCGAAGAAACUUCUGGCGCAACGUUCAGGUGAUGAUAUCGCCAAGGCGGAAGAAUGCAAGGAACCGGCGGAAAAAACCCCACCGUUAAUUGCUCCAGUAGAAAGCAUCCCGUGUCGGUAG